UGGUAUAAUAAAAUAACAUAUGAUUCUCAAGAAGAAGUUGUAAUUAGCAUUGCUAGCAAGAGAGAUGAUAUAAUCAAAGCCUUGAAUAUGCAAAAAAAAGCAGUUAAUUUAGCUUUUAAAGCUGGUCAUGAGGAUGAGUUAAAUAAACUCUUACAAGAUUAG